UACCACAAAAGAACGUGCGUUUUUAUUAAUUAUAAGUUAUUACAAAAAUAUUUUAAUUUUGACAAAUAUAUUAGUCAAAUCUUUGAACGUACAAAAUAAUAGCCAACUGUUAAAUUCUCGUUAACCCUUUCAUUAAACGAUUAUGACUUCGCAAUCACGGUGCUGAGUUUGAAGAGUUUUUGUGACAUCACGAUCAACCAUAAAUUGCCACGCCAAUCAAACUAUUCUCACUUUUUAUUAAUUUAGCAUUGGAUGAAAAAUCAACCAACGAAGAAAAAUCUCUAUUUAUAGCACAAUCGCACACAUACAAGCUGAAAAAUUAUUCUUUUUUAUGGUGCGAAACGGGGCACUUAAAGAGCACCCCCAGGCUUUAUUCAAUAAUAAAGCAUGUCGUUCGGACCCCAAUAGUAUCAUGGUAUAACCAGUAAGAAAAGCAGCGUCAGGUGCUGCAAUAGCAUGGGAACCAACAGAACAUGAAUGUCCUAAAUUAGCGAGAUAAUCUUCAACAACAUUUGCCUCUUUGUAAACAUGGACAAUGUGGACUUGCCAGUCCCUCGCGAGCCAGCGUCAUAUUUCGACGACACUUGUGUAGUGGCGAUGGUGCGGUGUGGCGGCUUCAAUAAGAUGCUUCGCUGUGGUGGUAUCUGUCUGCAUAAUCACCUUCCAAACUCCUGCCUCCCAAGUGAAUUUCAAUCCUUGCAUAACCCUGACAAACUCUGAACUCGUAACCGAAAAAUUCUUCUUCUUCAAUCCCUUCAAAUUUCUUACAGCAGACAAGCCAUUCACAAUAGAAGUUCCUCUGGCUAGCAAAUGACAUUUCGUUCAAUUUCUCUUCUGACUCUGACGUGGUAGAACCCCUAUCGAUGAUCUGUUUUCAUAUUUUAUAAUUCUUAAUGCACUCUUUCUUGUUUCCGCUCAAUUGUGCAAUCUAUGAUGACGAUAAGAUCCACCAUAUAAAUGGUCAAGGAGCGCUCACUGAAGGAACUUCGUCCCCGUAUUAACGGUAUCAUAUAAAUGGCUGAAAUUUUGCAAUAUGAAAAGAUUGGCUAUAUUAUUGUAUUUUCUUAACAUUAAGUUAAAUUAUUCAAGAAAUUGAGAUCAUGACUUAUUUACCACUUUAUAUAGCUAAAAUAUUAUGUAAAAAAGUAAAAUCAUAAGUAAUUUGCAUAUAUUACAUGUAAUUUAGGAAAAAAUCUGUAAAGAAUUAGGUGAGUGUCCAUACCCGCCCAAAAUAGUUCAAACAGAUUGGGAAAAACUGGUCAUGUCAAAAUUGCUAUCCCUACUUGGGAUAGAGAUCGUAACAUCAUAGUGGUUGCUUCUAUGGUCAGUUGUUUUGCAGGGAUUUUUUGAUAAUGCUAUGUAGGUAAACCAAGAUAUUGCACCCAAUUUAUAAGUAUAUAUCAAGUGAUAGUUUGAUCUUAAUUUUUUGUAAACUUUAUGCUGCUAACUCAGAUGUCUUUACGGUGGAAUUACUUGCAUUUCAAAAUCCUACAAGAUGGUGGCUAAUGCAUAAUUUUUAUUAUUAUGCCAGUUUGUGGCUCAAAACUAGUCAAUCGGAGUGCUCUGUCAAAGGAAAUUACACACUCCUUUGUAGGGCUAUUUUGAAGGUGUUUUUACAUCCUUUACAUCAAUGUCGUGUUUUUUACUUUUUUGUACUCUUUGCAGUUUCAAUAGAAUUAUCCAAAUUAGUUGCAAUCCUUCUAAUAAUUAAAUUUCUAGACCACGGCUUUUGGACUUUCCUCGGCAAAGGAACACUUGAGACUUAUGCAAUGCAAGUGGCCUUAUUUAUAUUUAAUUAAUUUCACGUACAGCAACUGUUAUUUAAAUAAUCAUUGAAUUAAGUAUAAUAAAAUCUCUUAAUCGAUUCAUUAAUAAUCAUCUCUCAGUCUGACAAGUACUUGGAAGUUGAAUACAAGCAAACUAAGAAGGAAUACGACUUUAGAUUUCAGACUGUUUGACCUUGAAAACACUAAAUUAUGAAUGAUGAUAUAAAUAUAAUCGCAACAAAAGUACUAAUUAUUUUUAUUUUUUUGAAUGGAGGCGACCAUAUUGUUCUACUGCUACAGUAGCAUUAUUAAAAACAAAAAAAAAUUCAUAAGCAGUGUUUAUAAAAUCAUAUUGUAUUAACGAUCUGAUCGGAAAACACUUCUAUUGAAGCAAAGCCUACAUACAGUUUUAAUGAUAUGAAAACGCUAAAUUACGAUUUAAACAUAAAAUACUUUAUCAACAAUUGAGUCCGGCGCAAUUUUACCAUCAGAGAAGUGAUGAUGUUAGGCAUUAUUUACAUCGUUGAGUUGCUUGCUAGAAAAGGAUAUUAUUAUUUAGAAGAAUCUUAAUCGUCGCUUUCCCAUAAUAUUAAUUAGUAUGGAAUAAUCAUUAAUUACUAAAGAUAGAAGUUUAAGAAGGUAUUGCACUUAGCAGUUAGCACGACCCGAUCUGAUAUUUGCCAUAUUACAUUAUGAUUUUUGGUAUUGCUUCAUGACUUGGCAAGGUUUGCAUAUCAUACCAAAUCAAUGUACAUGGACCUUUUUUUCUUCUAAUUGCCAACUUCAUGGCCUGCCUUGUAUGAGACACCAUUACUCAGCACCAUGUGGAAGAGGUCGCUAGGGCAAGAGAAAUGGACGUAAAUAAAAAAAUGAUAUAAUGAUCAUAAUAUUUAUUAAAAUAAAUAUGAUUUUUCUUGUGAUUUAAGGAAAGAAAUGCUAAACAGAGGAACUGCGGGAUCCAUCGUUUGAAUGACAAAGUUCGAUAAAAGAAUGGGAGAGGAUAGUAGUAGGGAUGACAAUUUUAAUCGAAUUCGUUUAAUAUUAUAUGUUUGACAUGUUUGGAAAUCACUAAUACUCAUUAUGUAGGUACGGCGGGGUGAGUAUGGGUACUAUCCUCGACCUUAUCCGUCACAAUAUUGGCCCGUCUUUUGUCUAAAUUCCUUGUAAUUUUUUCCAAAUUAUUUAGAGUUUUACUUUUAUUAUCUCAUAUUUUAGAUAUAAUAAAGUUGUAAAUAGGCGAGAACCUCAAUUUCUUGAAUAAUUUAAUUACAUUUAUCACUAUCAUAUCAACAAUAUGGCAAGAAGGAUCUUACUAUCAUACCGUCAUAUCAUGAUGUUAUUACUGUGGUAGUAUAUAAAUAUCACUAUAUGAGAUACGAUGACAUCAAAUUUAUUUGCUCAAAUAUAUAGUUGCAUAUUAACUUACAUUGUCAUAUACCACCAUAAAAAGACUUCAUAACAUCAUCUCACUACUGUCGUACAAUGAUCUUACAACAAUGGUAAGACUGACAACACAAUCAUAUCGCCGUCAUCAAUUUCUCCCUUUUCUCAUAAACGCUGUAACUUCUAGCAAUCAGCUCCGAAAAUUCAUUUUUGCUUUUUCUAUCUUCUCUCUAGUGCCCCCAUCUUCAGAUGAGAGAGGGGGCUAACGCCGACGUCUCUCCGGGGGCUGGCGGCAGCCCUUCGCUCCUCUUUUUUCCUUUGUUUUCCUUCUGCUUUGCUUGUUUUCAUCUCUUUUCGUUCAUGCUUUUACGCUUUCUAGCCAUUUUGAGGCUCUGUUUUCUCCCGUUGGUGGGUUUCCUUUCAUCCCUCCUUUGGUGGGUUGAGUGUUUUUGUCCUCUAAUAUGGUACCCAGAUCUGGAGAUGGUGUCUCGAUCUAAGAUGCGAUGGAGGCAAGAUCUGGUCCUGAUCUGACUUGUCUUUUCAUUUUCUCUCCCAUGUCUAUCUCCUUGUCUUUCUUGUAGAUCUUGGUGAGUCGGAGAUGUAGUUAUUGGCGUCGGACUCGGAGGGGAAAGCUUGAAGACAAAAGCACCUUUCCCUUGGGUUCUUUUGUCGUUGACCGGUCGGAUGAUAUUGUCUCAGGGUUCGAUCGGCGGGAGGCUGAAGCUGAUUGACUCGGGGUGGGUUGGUGGGAGGUUCUCUUCAUAAGCCCUCCUUUAAUUUUGAGGUCGUCGGGAAUCAAUCCCCAUUUUGACGCUUGGCAGUGGUGGCGACGUUGGUUGGGUGGCAAAACGAUGGUAGUGGUUUUCGACUGCAGGGGGGAGGAUCUAGAGGGUGGGGAUGUGUGGUUAGGGUUUGAGAAUCUUAACUUGUUUUGGCCCGGGUCUGGGCCUUAUUGGGUUCUGGGUCGUGUGUUUUGGGCCUCUUUGUUGAGGAUUUUCAUGUCCGGUCACCAUUUCUACUUGUAUUUCUCCAUUUUGGCUUGGCCCAGUCGUAUACUUAAUGAACAACCUUUCAAACAAAAAAAAUCAUAUCGUCGUCAUAUCAUGAGAUAAGAUGUAAAUUUUUUUUGCUAAAAAUAUCAAAAUGAAUUUCCUUUCGUAGAGCACAAAAAAUGUGAUUUAAUUUCUAUGCAAUUUUUUUAGAAAUCAACGUAAAAAAUUAGAUAUCGUUCUUUCAAAAUUCGUAAGAUAUUUGAAAAGUGCAUUAACUGCCCCCUCGAGAUACCCACGAGCCCCAUAAAUUCACACAAAUAUCCCCAAAAUCCCUAAUUUCCAUCAUUAUACCCCCAUACAAUGUGGAUAAUAAGAUCUAUCAUUCCUUAAUUACAACCAUUAGAUCUCAUUUGUAGUUCUACAUAUAUAAUGGAUUUUGUACGAUAACCCAGGGUAGAGUUAAUAUUUUCAUAUGGUCCGAACUUUAUCAUAAUUUAUGAUUUUGGCCUAUCUUCUCAUAAACUCAUAAUUUGGCCUUUACUAUCACCAAAAAUAACUUAUUUGGCUCAGCCUGAGUAUUGACCGUUUUGUUGGACGAGUAAUACUGUUAGCUAAAGGAGACUCUACCAGUUAGGUAUCUUGGUAUACCACUAAUUGCAGGAAAACUCACUUCAAAAGAUUUUGGCAUAUAGAAUCAGUGAUGUACUCCCUAGUCUCAUUAGUUCCAACCAAUAUGCUUUCAUUAAAGGGAGAUUAAUCGGUGACAAUAUUCUACCUGCACAUGAGUUGUUGAAAUGGUAAAAUAGGAAAUCAUUCUCUCCUCUUUAUUUUCACUAAGGGAUCAGUCAAGAUAAUGAAAGUAGUUCCCUAAAAAAAAUUAAUGAAAGUAGUUUCAGAAGUAUUAGACCAUAUCUAUAAGGUUUCUGGCCUUAAAUACAACCCGGGGAAGAGUUAAAUGUUCUCUGUUGGUUUAUCAAAUGUUGAGAGGAGGGAAAUUGGAGUUCGGUUAGCAUGCUAACCCCCCUAGGGGUUGGAAAAAUGACACCCCCUAGUAUAUUAAAUACAACUAUAGAAUUUAAUACACACAUUAAAUACACAUUAGGAAUUAAAUGUACCAUAUUAAUUAGGAAUUCUCUCACUAUUAAAUACACAUUAAGAAUUAAAUACACACAUUAAAUACACAUUAGGAAUUCUCUCACUAUAUUUGAUUUUUCCUUUUUCAGCAGUCUCCGACCACCAGACUUCCUCCGACCGCCACACUUCUCCGGUGAAAAUCCCAUCGCAGACUCCCUCCGACCACCUCCAAAAAAUAUACCACUGCACUGAUACGGUGUACCACUGUACUGGUAGAUAUACCACUGCACUGGUAGCGAUAUCAGUGCACUGGUAGCAAUGUCAUAUCUGAGUAUUAGUGCAGUGAUACAAAUACCAGUAAAGUGGUAAUUAAUGUGGUGUAUUUAA